AUGGACCACGACGACGGCGUAGAGGACAUCACGUCCUCGGUCCAGAAUGGGAGCUCUCGAAUCUUCCCUUCCAACCUGCAGGAUGGCAAGGAUACGCAGGAGCAUUCCGGGGAUGUUAGUAGGCCGGACUCCCAGGAUAAUGAUGCAGAUUGCAUGGAUCUCGACAAGCCACCAGAUCCCAGGCAGGACGGAACAACGGUUGGUCAAGGCGAUCGAGAAGCUAAUGCAUCGACCCCAAUCCCAAGACGAGAUGAUCCGGAACCCGUUGACCCUACAGAUGUCAUGUACACUCUCAAACCCGGAGAUGGUGGGGUCAACUUUGUGCCUGCCCUCGCACACACGUUGUCCAAGCCCAACAGCUGGAAACGGAGCGGAUACAUCAAAACAUCAGUCGCCUUGGAUUUCGUGGAGGGAGCUAUAUUCAAGACCAAGACACAAGUAGUGCUUAAGCGUGGCCAUGGGAAAAAGUUCGCCAACGUCUCGUAUUCUGAGGCCGCCAAGAAGGUCACCAUAGACGGCAUGACCAACGUUGAGAAGCAUGAGGGUCAGAAUCAGAUGCUCCAAGGGCAUCCUGGAGGCGAUACAGACGGCUUGACUGCGGAUCAAACCUCUUCUCCCUUCCCUGAACUCGAUUUCGACUGGCGCUCCAAGACGAAACAGAAUGACGAUUACCGCCACCUCUUCGUCGAAGCCAUCGAGAAUGAGGAGCAGCAGUUCUAUCUGGUCGGAGACAAUGCCUACGUCGGCAGUUCCAGGGAGCCGUACGUCCAUUGUGGGCAAGACUUCUUCGAGAGCCAAGAAGAGAAAGUUGUUGGAAUCCACACUCCUUACUUCUACAUCAGCGCUGGCAAAAACGCCGUCACGACCUUGCACGUCGAAGACGGAUGGUUGCCUUCUGUUAACGUUGUGCACUACGGCGCGCCCAAGAUAUGGCUCAUCGUAGAGCCGGCCCACCGGCAGGCUCUCGAAAACAAAAUCAAAGAGAUGCUGGGGCUCAAGAAAACAAACUGUGAUCAGUUCGUACGACACGAGGAACUGUUCCUCUCGCCUGAUCUGCUCGACGAGUGGGAUAUCCACUACUCCAUCGUACCUUGCGCCGCAGGCGAACUGAUCUUCGUCGCACCCGAAGCCUACCACCAGGUCAUCAACGCCGGAGCGAAUUUCGCCGAGGCGAUCAAUCUCAUCCUGCCGGACGAGCAAGGCGCGCCGGACCAGUACAGAAUCUGCCGCCCGUCGUGCUCCGGGGGUAAACAUAACCCCGUCCGUCUUGACCAGCUUCGCAUUCUGAAAAAGCGUUCGGCACGAAGAGGCCGAUCUGCAGGCGAUCCUACGACUACCCCUUCCCCAGAUACGAUCAAGCAGCCAGGCGCAAAACCAGAUGGGAAGAAGAGAAGCAAUUCUGUAACUUCUGCGGGAAAGCCACCCAAGAAACCGAAGGGAAACGGAGAUGGCAAGAAACCACGUAGGAACGCGACCGAGCCGAGCGCUGAGACUGUCUUGUCAAAUUUCCAAGAAGUCUCAUCGAUCACACUGCAGAAGCCCGCGGGCAAAGAACCCGCGAAGCAAAGACGGGCCGCGUCCCUCAAGCAUCCAGCUCCACAGCCGACGGCUGCGAUAGAUGCGGGAGAAUCGGCCACGAAACGCUUCCGCGAGCAGUACGAGAGGAAUGCAUUGGCAGACCGGAGAUCGUUGGAAGCCCGCUUGAAGAAAUGCUUCCACCGCGCCAGGCUGCACAAGGCCUACUUGGAUGCUGCACAGGCGGUUGAUGCGCAACGGGGGAAAGAGGCCGGGGAUAUCGCGCGGACGCGUGGUGGCGGAUCCCACGUUCGCCACCAUGCCAAAAAGGAGCUUUUCGAAGAUGUGAAGCGGGAAUUGGGCGACAAGGCGCCGAGGAGGGAGUCGUUCGACGCGACAAUGGAGGAAGCGUCCAAAUGCUACAAGAUCGAGCAAGCGUGUGGCGGCUGGGCGAUCUGGGUUUUUCUGCAGCUCGCCCUGCGCUGGCAUUCGAGCCCUGUGCUGGAGGACAAUGUGCGGUGGACAUUGAACCAGAUUAACAGAAAUAACGGAGCGCUCGAGAAAAAGCUCCAGGCCCUCCUGGCGACUGGUGAACGAGCAAAGUUCAAGGAGGGCAUCGCUGCAAUUUCCCGCGGGAACGGUAAGGGUGCGGAGGAUGCAGAUGACCGUGCUCAAAGUCUUCUCGAGACCGCCCCGAGCACCUCUCAGACUGACAUGGGGUUAUUCUCAUUUCUAGAAGAUGUCUCUGGGACGAGUAAUACUGGAGCGAUUGGCGAAACUGAGUAA